AUGAUUGAUACUUUAAAAUUCCUUCUUCCUCAACUUGCUUCUUUACAAUCAACUGGAAAGUAUACUUUUGAAGAAGCAUAUGCUCUAAUUAAGGAAGAUAUGACUCCACAUCAAGCUGCCGAAAUUUUGGGCCAAAUAAUUAGAUCUCAAUUUGAAGAUAAUGUUGAAAUGUAUAUUGAAACACUAAAAUUAUUUAGAGAGAUAGAAUUCAAUAUAAGAAGAUCUCUUUGGCCUCCAAAUAAAGAAGCUCCACAUCAUUUUUCAAAAGCUCUUCGUGCCAAAGAAUCCACAUCAGUUUUAGACCAAAAACUAAUUAUAACAAUCCUUGCAACAUGCGCAGAUCCAACAGGAUUAAACCUUCGUAAUGUUCUCUCGCAUGGAUUCUCUUUAGAUCCUUCUCUUGCUUAUCCAAUUUUGUCUGGAAUCAAAUCAAAAUUAUCUGAAAAAAUUCACUUCAGAAAGUAUGAAGAUUUCUUGUUUGAAGAUGAAACAAAGAUCCUUUUAUUCCAUAUUGAUAAAAAAAGCAUCAACGAUUUCGUCCUUUCGGGCUUUGAUUCAAUCAAAAAUUCGAAAUUUAUUUAUCAAAUUGAAAAUGAUGGAAGAAUGCCAGUUCUUCAAAAAGCAUAUCAAUUAUAUAAUGAUAAUUUGUUUGAUGAUGCGUUAUUAUUGCUAUUUCCCAUAUUAGAGCAUUCAAUGAGAGUAUUUGCUGUCAAAAAGCUUAAUUUAGAUGAUACAAGACUUUGUGCUUCAUCAUCUGAACAUUUUCUAUCAAUUAAGGAAUGCUUACCAGCAUUUCCUAAUGAUAUUUCUGAAUUUAUUUCGGAUAUUUUAUUUUUCCCAGAGGGACCAAGAAUUAGAGAUCGACUAAUGCACUACACAAGCCCUAUUUUUACUCCUCAAAUUACAUUUCUUGCCUUCGAGUUGUUUGAACGUCUUUGUUUUGAAUAUUAUGUAGACGAUACAGAAAUUGAUAAGGACACUGUCGGAAAGCAUGAAGAUAUUGCUCAAAAGAAAGCUUGGAAACUUGUUUUUCAUCCAUCAAGAAUUUUAGAAUUUGAAAUUUUUUAUUGUUGUGAGUUAAAGCCAGAUAAAGAUUUGUUUGAGUUCUAUUCAUCUAAGACAUAUGCUAGACUUAUUGAUGGUGUAAAGAUAGCCAAGGGAGCUGAUUCACACACAUUCAAAGAAGAUUAUAUUAAUACAUUCAUCAGAAAUGAUUUCAAAAAGAUUGUUUGCUUAUUUGCAUAUUGUAUUGCUACCUCGAAGAACGUCAAAGAUACAACAAUCACACAUUUCUUAAAUAUUUGCAAUUGUCCUUCUAAAUAUGCCAACCUUGGAGAUUCAGUUAGAUUUGUAUCAACUAUAUGCUCUGAGUGUGCUUUUCUGUCUAGACAUUGCAAGAAAAUUGAAAAAGAGCUUACAUUGGAGAAACUAACCGAGUUCAGUCAUCUAAAUUUCGGUGACAUGUAA